CGUCGAAACAUGAAAUAUCUAGCUGGUUACUUUUGAUUUUUAAGCAUUGAACAGCUUUUAAGGCUUUACAUGUGUUGUGUUUGAGAAAUCAUGCAAUAAUUUGUCCAUUUUGAAAAACUCACGAGAAACAGUAUUAAAAUUAUGGAUAUUAAAGAAGAAUACGAGGAGCAUGCUAGCGCACUGACUGCAGAUAAAGAUGAAGUAAAGGAGGAGACUGUCAGCAAUAUCCAACUGCAAGAGGCAACAUGUAACCUGGCACACAGGGGCGCACCAAAAGAUAGCUUUGACAAACUAACAGAAGUUUCCAAAGAAGGUGGUGAUAUUGAAUAUGAAACUGUGGGAAACCUUUCCAGUGAUCACAAGAAUAUGACCUUUAUUUCGAAAACAGCUGAAUUUGUUCGAAGUAAUUUAGAAUCAACGGAAGCAGAAGAAAUUGCAGAGGCCAUAUAUGCCUGUGUAGAGCGCAUCAUGUGUGAUGUUGUUAAAGAGGAACCAAGAUUCCGGAGUUCAGAUAUUAUAAAAGUUGGAAGCUUUUACGAGGGAACAAAAAUUCUUGAACCAAAUGAAUUUGAUUUUCUUGUAGUAAUUGACGAGUUGUCUAAGCCAGGUGCCGUUUCUGUCGUCACAGAAGAUAUUCGUCCUGGGUAUGCAGAAGUUCUUCUAAUUGAUGAUUCGCUUAAACAACGAUGGAAGCAUACAGAUGAAAAUUGUGUACUUCACAACUUCCAAGAUUAUGAACAUGCGUCCUCAUUUGGAUUUGUUGUUUUAUCCACUUUGGCAAAACUGGCAGAAAAACAAUCUUUAAAAUAUGAACUGCAGGAAGUCGGAUACAUUUAUCUUCCUGAUACACUUAUUUCAUUUCCGCCAACAGGAAACUUUUCUCUUGAGUUAGAAUAUGCUGAAGUUUGGAAUCCAAACGUGAUGUUAAAAUUCCAGUGUGACAAAAUGACUAUAAGUGUAGACAUUUCACCUGCUAUACGCUAUCAUAAGGUAACAGAUUGUUUUAAUCCCGAGGACUGCAUUGCCGAACAGUUGGCGGAAGCAGUAUUAAACAGAGGUUCCAUUCUUUUGGUUAAUUCGUUGGAUAUGUUAGAUAAAGAUCCUGCGCAUGAACAUGUUUUUAGAAUUACUUUCACAGAAACGGAAGUUCAGUAUGUUAAGUGCAUGGAACAUGGUCAUAAGAAUAUAUAUGUUUUUAUGAAGUAUUUAACCCAUGUUUUCAAAAACAAUUUGAAAUGUCAAUACAAAUACCAUGAAGAUUCCAAAAUAGAAUUACCUUCAUAUUUGCUGAAAUUAGCGUGUAUUUUUCAUGAUGUUCAAUGCAGUUUACCACCCUCAGUCUAUUUAAAUAUCUGUUUAUUUAAAAUUUUACUUAUAUUUAUUAACUGGUAUCAGUCCGGCCAUUAUAAAAGUGUUUUUAAUACGAAGUUACUAGUUUGUAAGAAAAGCGAUAUGAUUGUUCACCGUCACAGGAAAAUGCUUGAUUUUCUUGUAGACUUUUGCAUUCAUAAGGUCGAGGCGCCGGAUAUUACACAAGCAAAUUUCAACCCAAGGCCGUUCCUUGAAAGUAAAUUGCGAGAAUUUUACAACAGCAAAUACGUUUCAUUAGAGAAUACAAGGAGAAAGUUAUUACUUCCUUUGGCAUAUUGUGCGGUAGAAUCUUUAAGUAACCCAGAAGAAGUUAUCCGUAAAGUAAGUUCUAAAACCCAUCGUCCGUCAGUGUUAUCAUUUUUUUCUGAAUAAAUAGCACAGCUAGAAACUUAUCACUUCCUCACUAACUUGUUUACCAAGACCGGAAAAAAUGGAUUGACCUACAUUUAACAUUAUCGUGAUUUGUAUUUGAAGGAACAAGUUGUGUGAUGAUAGGCGAACCUAGACGGCACGAUGCCGGAGGACUUUUUGUCCUAUGGAUUAUAUUCUAGUAACUAACUACACUUUUGUAUCCUGUACAAAUAAUAGGUUCUUUUAAUAUUGAAUCUUAUGUAUGUGUGUGUGUGUGUGUGUGUGUGUGUGUGUGAUUUAAUCUGAUGACGAUUUGAAGCAAACAUUUAAAGCAAAUAUCUACAGAUAAAAAAUGAAAGAUAACCAUUAUAUUUCAGCAUAUUACAUACAGAUGCAGUACAAAACUACCUUUUAAAAACUAAAUAUAAAGUCAUUUGCUGCAUUUUGAAUUUAAUUUAUUUGAUCAUACUAAGAUGCUCGUAGUGCAAGGAAUGUAUUAUUCACUAAUUACUUUAAAACAAAUAAUAAUUGUCUUCGGUAUCAUUCUUAUAACAAAGUGUAUAUUUUCUCUGGCGUCUUAUUACAUGUCUAUGUCUUCUAGUUUCAUCUGCUGCCUUCUGUAAUGAUCAGUGUGGUCAACCAAAGUGACAUUUUGGUGCCCAACUCAUGAGGAAAAUAAUAGGUUUGCUUACUUAAAAAAAUAAUAAGUAAACAGCACAAAAAUUUAGGUUAUGUGCACAAUGGGGCUUAGGUCGACAAUCGGUUUGUAUGGAGGGAAAACCUCUUUUUUUCUCUUUAACGCUUUUUAUGUACUUGAAAUCCAUUAAGUGAUAAGGAAGUUAUAAGUAAAAUGUUACCUGGCUCCAGCGAUUUUUCCCGUGGGUACGGUAUCGAAGUCAGUGAAUUAGCCACUAUGUAAUAUGUCUGACUCUAUAUCCUUUCAGACUGGCGUUUCAAAAAUUAAUUUAAUCUCUCUGAAUAAGACCAAAUUGUGUGUCAUCAUUAAGUAGGGAAAAUUUAAGAUUUCUCGUUCGGGAUACAAUUGAAUACAAUACUAAAUAUGCUACACUGCUUCCCGUUGCAUUAUAAUAUACAUUGUACAAUUCACUGAAAUUCACUUUCGUGAAUCGGGAGAAUUGUUUCUAAAUGUCUACCUUUCAUUUUUAGCUCACCUGUCACAAAGUGACAAGGUGAGCUAUUGUGAUCGCACAGCGUCCGUCGUCCGUCCGUACGUCCGUCCGUGCAUAAACUUUUGCUUGUGACCACUCUAGAGGUCACAUUUUCCAUGAGAUAUUUAUGAAAGUUGGUCAGAAUGUUCACCUUUAUGAUAUCUAGGUCAAGUAUGAAACUGGGUUAGGUGCGAUCAAAAACUAGGUCAGUAUGUCAAAUAAUAGAAAAACCUUGAGACCUCCCUAGAAGCCAUAUUUUUCAACGGAUCUUCAUGAAAAUUUGUCAUACUGUUUACCUUGAUGAUAUCUAGGUCAAGUUUGAAACUGGGUUACGUGCGGUCAAAAACUGGGUCAGUAGGACAAAACAUAGAGAAACAUUGUGACCUCUCAAGAGUCCAUACUUUUCAAUGGAUCUUCAUGAAAAUUGGGCAAAAUGUUCAUCUUGCUUAUAUCUAGGUCAAGUUUGAAACUGGGUUACAUGCGAUAAAAAGCUAGGUCAGUAGGUCAAAUAAUAGAAAAAUAUUGUGACCUCUCUAGAGGCCAUAUUUUUCGAUGGAUCUUCAUGAAAAUUGGUCAGAAUGUUCACCUUAAUGAUAUCUAGGUCAGCUUUGAAACUGGGUUUUGGGCGGUCCAAAACUAGGUCAAUAUUUCUAAAAAUAGAAAAACCUUGUGACCUCUCUAGAGUCCAUACUUUUCAAUGGAUCUUCAUGAAAAUUAACCAGAAUGUUUACCUUGAUAAUAUCUAGGUCAAAUUUGAAACUGGGUUACGUGCGGUCAAAACUAGGUCAGUAGGUCUAAAAAUAGAAAACCAUUGUGACCUCUCUAGAGUCCAUACUUUCAAUGGCUCUUCAUGAAAAUUGGUCAGAAUGUUCAUAUUGAUGAUAUCUAGAUCAAGUUUGAAACUGGGUUACGUGCAGUCAAAAACUAGGUCAGUAGGUCAAAUAAUGGAAAAUCCUUGUGACCUCCCUAGAUGCCAUAGUUUUCAAUGGAUCUUCAUGAAAAUGGGUCAUACUGUUAACCUUGAUGAUAUCUAGGUCAAGUUUGAAACUGGGUUACGUGCGGUCAAAAACUAGGUCAGUAGGACUAAAAAUAAAGAAACAUUGUGAUCUCUCAAGAGUCCAUACUUUUCAAUGGAUCUUCAUGAAAAUUGGUCAAAACGUUGAUCUUGCUUAUACCUAGGUCAAGUUUGAAACUGGUUUACAUGCGGUAAAAAGCUAGGUCAGUAGGUCAAAUAAUAGAAAAACAUUGUGACCUCUCUAGAGACCAUAUUUUUCGACGGAUCUUCAUGAAAAUUGGUCAGUAUGUUCACCUUAAUGAUAUCUAGGUCAGCUUUGAAACUGGGUUAUGUGUGGUCAAAAACUAGGUCAUUAGGUCUAAAAAUAGAAAAACCUUGUGACCUCUCUAGAGUCCAUACCUUUCAAUGGAUCUUCAUGAAAAUUAAUCAGAAUGUUUACCUUGAUAAUAUCUAGGUCAACUUUGAAACUGGGUUACGUGCGGUCAAAAACUAGGUCAGUAGGUCUAAAAAUAGAAAACCCUUAUGACCUCUCUAGAGUCCAUACUUUUCAAUGGAUCUUCAUGAAAAUUGGCCAGAAUGUUAACUUUGAUGAUACCUAGUUCGGCUGCCAUCAAAAACUAGGUCAGUAGGUCAAAUAAUGGAAAAACCUUGUGACCUCUCUAGAGGCGAUUUUCAUUGGAUCUGUAUGAAAGUUGGUCUGAAUAUUCAUCUUUAUGACAUCUAGGUCAAGUUCGAAACUGGGUCAACUGCGGUCAAAAACUAGGUCAGUAGGUCUAUGUCGUCCGUGUGUCUGUGUGUAAACUUUUGCUUGUGAUCACUCUAGCUUAAGAUCCAGCUUUGAAAUUUGGAUGACACGUACAGUUUUGCACACCAUCUUUAAACUGUCUUUCAGUGACCAUAAAUGUGACCUGAUCUACUUUCUAAUAUUUCAGCAUCAGUUUGCCAUUUGAAACAUGUAGUUCAAUAUACUCAGGUGAGCGAUUCAGGGUCAUCAUGACCCUCUUGUUAUGUUGCACAGCCACUUUUGAUCAACUUUUGAAUUUCUAAACUUCAAAGUUUCCCGAACUGGAUGCUUUAGUUUCCAAUCCGGAAAACUGAAAUAUAUAAUUUACAUUAAAUUGGAUGUAAAUUGAAACUGAAUAAGAUAGGGAAGCUAUCCAGAACAGGAUGAAACGUACCUUGUAUACUAAACUCCCACAACUCCGCGGAAGUCCUGUCAACUGGAAUAGUCUUACAUUACACAAAUUUGAUCUGUGUAAUCAUAUUACAUUUAAAUAUUUUGUUAUGGCUUUCAAAUCUUAAACCAAGAUGUAAAAUAAUCAAAGAUUAUUUUAUUUGUUUUAAAUUGUUACAUAAGUUUAGACAGUACACCAGCUACACGUCUGUCAAGUUGAUAUAUUGUUGAUGCAUUUAUGUAAUUGUUUAUUAUAUCAAACCCACGCGUUUUAUACGUCAAAUUGUCAGACAGUGCAUAUAACUGAUGUUAGAGAAUUGCUAUAUAUUGCUGUUUUAGAUAUCUCGAGUAGUCAGAAAGGGUCUAAGACAAACCAGGUUUAGGCCGGUUGUCCGGCCCGAGACCUAGGAAAUGGGUCACGUAGAUAUUAAGAUUAAGUUAGGUUUUAAAUAUGACACUUGUUAAGAUCAGACUUAAGCAAUUACAAAGUGAUUUACUAAAGUUAUGUACAAAAUAUUCUAUUGUGUAAAUAAACAUCAAAAACGUUCA